AAAAAAAGAAAAAAAAAGGAAAAAAAAUGCUUCUUUUAUCCUCCUCAUUCUCCUCUCCCUGAGAUCAUCGACCUUUUGAGGGUUUUGAAGAUCCAAGAAGAAAAGGAAUUGAGCUCUGUUGUUGGGGAGAUGGGGAAGAGAAAAAUCCCUACUUUGUUGGAUCUAUGUAUUCAGACGGCGAUCGAUAACCUUAGAUACAUUGGGGAUGUUGGAGAACUGGAAUUGUACUUGUUGAAGGAUAUUUUGCCGCAUUGCACCAUUGAUCAGUUGAUGCACAUUGAGGACUCUACUGAAGGAAGGGACCUUAGUCCAGUGACAGAUCGUUUGUGGAAGAGGUUUUAUGUGCAGCAAUUUGGAGAAGAUAAUGCAAAUCUUGUUAUCAAGAGGAUGAAGCAAAGGGAUCUUGUGUUCAAGUGGAGACAACUCUUUGAGGCAAAGACGAAGGAGAGGGAAGAAGCUCAACAGAAAUUGAGUGAGAAACUCAAGCAACGAUAUGCGGAAGAGCAAGCUAAGAAGCAAAGCCGGCAAAUAAAAAUUUGUGCUAAAGUUCCACCUUCAAGCUCUAAAAGAGGCUUUUUUGGAGGUGGUGGAUCUGGCUAUGAUGUUUCCAAUGUGAAGAGUAACCUGAUGAAGAAGGCGAAAUUGGAGUAUCUUAACAGUCAUGAGGCAAAAGUACAUGCAAUUAUUCGUAAAAAUGCAUUACAAACUAAAAGCAUGCCUCCUCCAAGUAUUCCUCGGUCAUCAAAGCCGGGAAGUUUUCUUGGAAAGGGUCCGGCAACGAGUUCCAAACCACCGAAGCCGAUGGGAAGGGGAUGAAUCUGCAGUUACUAGGCACAGUGAGAAAUCAAUGGCUGAGUUGUGCAUCAAAUGGGUUGUUGUUUUCUGGUUUAGAUAUAUACUGUUUCUAUCCCCAUUUGAGAAGGGAAACAAAGUGUACAUCAUAUUGUUUUUCAUUUUCAAGUAUAAUCUGUUUUUCUUUCUCAAUAGCAGAAGUUGCAAUUAAGAUUCUUGGAUGGGUAAACAGAAUUUUGCAAGGGCCUUUUGCACAUUUACCCUUCUAAAAUAUCAUAAAUGCAUUAUAUAUAUAUGCAAUUAUGAGAUUUCCAAGGAUGUACCUAUAAAAAAUAAAUUUCUUUUUAAGGAAAUGUUGACAGAGACAUUGCAUACAAGAUUUAAGGGAGAAUAGAGGAAAAGAAAAGAAGACAA